AUGGAGAGUCACGCAGAUUUUAAAUCGAUGUACACUGAUCUUGUGGAGAACCUGAAUUGUGCGAUCUGUCAGGAUAUACUGAAAGAGGCUAGGGAUCUAGCGUGUGGCCAUACCUACUGCCUGGGAUGUAUUCAAGAGCUGGUAGCCAUAAAUGGUUGGACGUCUAAAAUCAAAUGCUGUGUCUGCCAAAAGGAAACCCGAAUCCCCUCCUCGGGCUUGACCAGUCUGAAGCAGAACUACAAGCUCAACUGCAUUCUCGAUGAGCAGGCAGUUAUCAUGAAAAGAAUGAACGCCGAAAAGGCCUCUGCCAAACCGACACAGCAUCAGGGAACCACUAAUGUAACGGAAACACUGCAGAUCUAUGUGCGUAACCUCGAAGGCAAGUCGCUAUCCUUCUAUGUUCGCUUGUCAGACACGGUAGACGCCCUCAAGCAACAGGUCGCGGAUAAGAGCGGCAUCCCAGCCAAUGUACAGCGUCUGAUUUAUCAAGGCAAGCAGCUAGAAGGCUCAACUACUCUGGAGAAGUAUGACAUAGAGAAAGGCUCUAACAUCCAGCUCACACUUCCUGGCAAGGGAGGGCACAUGACCCAAUAA